AUGCGUCUCGACACCCUUCUCAUCGCCCUGUGCUCGCUUCCUGCCGUGCUCGGCGCGACGACGGCUGCACAGCCGAGCGUGCAGCUGGACCAGGGCUUCGUGCGCGGCAAGCGCGACAUCGUCGACGGCGUCAAGCUGGACAAGUUUCUUGGCGUGCCAUUUGCCCAGGCGCCCGUUGGCAACCUGCGCUUUGCCCGCCCCAAGGCACUUGCGGCGGACAAGCACGUCGUCAUCGAAGCAACGCAGUCGGGCCCCGCAUGCCUGCAGACCGGCAACGCGACCAUGUCGGAAGGUACGCGCCCUUCUGUUCCGCCUGCCAUUCCUCUGCUAACCUGUGCAGACUGCCUGAGCCUCGACAUCGUGCGUCCAGCCGGCGUGCCGUGGGGUGUUCGCCUGCCCGUCGUGCAGUGGAUCUACGGCGGCGCCUUCCAGACCGGCAGCACGGCGAUGUACAACCUGGACGCCUUCGUAGCGGCCUCGGUCAAGCUGGGACACCCUGUCAUCGCCGUCAAUGCCAACUACCGCCUCGGUGGCUUUGGCUUCAUGGGCGGCGAGGACUUCGUCGAUGCCGUGCAGCAGGACCCCGAGGCGACGACCCUCAAUGCCGGCACGUGGGACCAGCGCUUCGCAUUGCAGUGGACGCAGGCGAAUCUCGCAAAGUUCGGCGGCGAUGUGCACAAGGUCCUGCUGCUCGGCCAGUCAGCCGGUGCGAUCAGCAUUGGCCUGCACCUGCAGGCGAACGGCGGCCGCGACGAGGGCCUCUUCUCUGCCGCGCUCAUGCUUUCCGGGACGGCUGGCGGCACGGCCAUGUCACCUUCGCAUCCACGAGUGACGGCGACGUACGCUAAUGUCACGGCGGCCGUCGGAUGUCCAACCUCGGGCGCGAUUAGCCUGUCGUGCCUGCGCAGUGUCGACGCUGCAAAGCUGAGUGCCGCGAUCAACGUCAUCCAAGGCAGCUUCGCCGUGGCGCCUCUGUCUGGCGCCCUUGCGUGGGGCCCAGGCAUCGAUGGCUUCUUCAUGCCCGACCGCGGCACGGUAACGAUCAACGCGGGCCGCAUCAUCGACGUGCCGAUUGCCGCAGGCACCUGCCAAGAUGAAGGACCGACGCUCGUUGCGCCCAGUGCGCUGUCAAACAGCGCGUCAUUCGAAGCGUGGUUCACCAGCCUGGCAGUGGUGCAGAACACGACGGCGCGCGAGACCGUGCUGCAGCGCCUCUUCGAGCUGUACCCCGAUGUGCCGGCGCUUGGUUCGCCGUACUCGAACGCGCCGGUCGGCGUGAACGGCUCGAUUUCUCAGGCUUCCGCCACGCCAGAUAGCCGUCUCUUCCCACCGCUCGCUACGUCCAACUUCAAGCGUGGCGCCAGCAUUUUCGGCGACUUCACCUUCAAUGGCGCGCGCCGCUUCUUCCUCUCGACCCUCGCCCGCUCGUCGACGCACAAGAGCCCAAUCUGGGCUUACGUCUUCCGCCAGAGCAAUCCCGGACUGGCUGCCUACCUCGGCACGCCGCACGGCGCCGAGUGCGUGACAUUGCUUCGCCUCGUACUUUGCGGCGCUGACCCUGCCUUGACAGAGGAUAUGCAGCGACUCGCCGUUGGAUUCGCCCACUUCCACGACCCGCGCGCGCUGUUGCGCGGUGCGAGCCGCGAGUGGCCCACGUACUUGCAGGGCAGCGCAGGCGAGCAGGGCACGCUCAAGCAGUGGAAGGGCGACAAUGUCACGCUCGUGGCGGACGACUUCCGCAAGGAGCAGCUCGCGUACUUCUACGAGAAGGACACGGCCGGGGUGCUGGCGUUCUAG